GGAAGUCAGCCUCACUGAACUCCACAGAGGACAGACUUCUCAAGAAGGACUCUCCUAGCCUUCUGCUGUUAUUUGGGGAAGUCGUGGGAUUAGGAUCCCCAGGUUUGUGGAAGCAGGAUAGGGUGACCGAUUGGCCAGGAAACUCAGCCCAGGCUUGCUCUUGUGCUUUCAGCAACAGCCUCCCCUCAACCCCUAGAAAUGAGCAAAUUAGUUUUUCACAGUCGGAAUUCAAGGAUUAAAAUGUGCUCCAAGCAGCUGUUAAAGGCGCAGGAGCUGGGAGGGGGGCGGUAGUUGGCAGCCCUAAAGCAGGGUACUGUUUGGGAUGGCUCCAGGCAAGAACUUCCAGGAGGGAGGAGCAGAUCAAGGCCCGCCUCUGCUACUGAUUGGCUGAUAAAGAAGGUCGUGGGAUAGCUUUCCAGUUUUAUAAAGAACUAAUUGAGAGUCUUCUGCUUGCUCAAGCUGUUUUCCUUGGCACCCACUAAAGGUUUCGUAUCGCUUUUGAGCAUCCACCAGAAAUCACAAACCACCAGCUGCUCUCGCAAGGAAAUUCCUUCUCUCCCCAUCAAUGAUGGAGAACGAAGCCUUUUCGUCUUUUAUUUUCUUCGGUACUUUACUGAUCCUGAAAAUGUAUUCUCUGGCCAUCAUCACCGGGCAAGUCAGACUUCGGAAGAAGGCGUUUGCUAACCCUGAGGAUGCCCUACGACACGGAGGGCUGCAGUACCACCGAGAAGACCCAGAUGUGGAGCGAUGCCUCAGGGCUCAUCGCAAUGACAUGGAGAACAUCUACCCCUUCCUGUUCCUUGGGGCCGUCUACUCCCUCCUGGACCCCCACCCGGCCCUGGCCCGGAUCCACUUCCUGGUCUUUUUCAUUGGCCGGAUGGUCCACACUGUGGCCUACCUCCUGAAGUUGAGAGCCCCGACACGAUCCGUGGCUUACGGCGUGGCUCAGCUGCCCUGCUUUUCCAUGGCCCUACAGAUCAUCUUUUUGCUCUUAAAAGACUGGUGAUCGCUCAGUGUCCGGGCAGAAUUCCAAAGGGACUGAAGUUGGAAUGAACACAGACAGUAGCUUCUUGGCAGUGAAAUGGGCAGCUCUUCCAGUUGUGUUGCUCUGGCACUUGAUCCCUGGUCUUUCCGGGCUGGGAUGGAAGCCUGGUCACCUGCAAACAUAUCACAUUUGGAAUCUUCCUUCCCACAGAGCAGGCUAUGCAACAGGGGGGCCCGGUCUGCCCGUUUUCAAUAAAAACAGAUCCAAAAGA